AUGAGUGGCUUUGGUGACGACGAGAAGCUAAGGGCAGCAAGAGAACUUGCCCAAAGCUUCUCUAAAUCCAAACCCGCAAAGAAGAAGAACGUCUGCGGUGGUAGCUAUGGCUAUGGCUCUCGUCCGGUCAUCUACGUGCCCCAGCAUCACCAACCGGCACCAUUGAUUCGACAGCCUCCAGUUACCAGGCCAGCUAUCCAGAAUCCACCUCCUUCUAACAGCUCAAUCCCCCCUCCUAGCAAGAGAAACUACUCUGCUACCACCUCUUUCUCCACUGGGAGAGCGGGAAAGUCCGUCAUUGGGACUUCAGGCUUGGAUUUCCUUAAGGCAUCGGGUGCUAAGGCACGAGAUACUGCGCAGCCUCAGCCGAACACAGUUUCUAUCGCCAGUGAAGUAACCAGCACUAUCAAGCAAACCGAGAAGAUCAGUACCAUCAACCAAUCCGAGAAGAUCAGCACUAUCAAGCAAACCGAGAUCAGCAAUGGUACUUCGACAAAUGCUCAUCUUCCCGCUAUACCCCCGCAAGCAUCAGAAAAUGCUCCCUUUGGAAACAUCCUUGAUGCCUUCCUAUCCAUUGUAGCAAAAAAGCCAAGCUUAGGCCAAGAAAUUGACACGUUGACCAAAAUCUUGCCCAAGGCGUUGGAUCUCAAUGCUACUGAGGCAACGGCUUCAGGUGCUCCACCAGCCAACGGUCAUUCCGUCGGCGAUAUUGCAGCCAAGGAAAACAAUGUGCCUCAGAGAUUUAGUGCUGGAGCAAAUCAAAACCGAGUCACAGAUCAUUCGCCCCCGAACAAGGUCUCUCCCGUCGCCACAGCCGUCGUUUCGAGUAAUGGUAAGGCCCAGGGACAGACUGUCAGCACCAAUGGAGUGUCGAAAGUCUCUGUUACAGUGACGAAGGGAUUAUCAGCCUCGUCAUGGGCAUGA